CAAUACGUCAUCAAGAAGCGACAACAGGACGCAGCCUGAAUACGAUAGCUUUCUUCUAGUUUGUGAAAUUGUACUGUAUUUUGCCUCUCUACUUAUGUUAUUUUGAAAAAACUGCAGUGCGUUGAGUCGAGUGAGGAAUUAACAGCCACAAAGUGUCACAUGGAAACCACACUAGUGUUUGUAUCUGUUGUCCUCUGCAGCCAGUUGGCAAUCUGAAAGAUUUAGAAGAAGAUGGUUAAAUUAUACGACAGCUACAGAAAGUGUUUGCAUAUAUAUAAAUUUGCCUCAGAUAAUAUAAGCACACCUUUGUGGCCUGGCAGACAUCUUCCAUUGCUUCAACAUAAGCAUGAAAUCCGUUUUAAGACGUCAGGUGCUGGUGAGAGAACAUUGCAGGAAAGACAAAGGCAGCACAUGGCACGAGGUUUGCCCAAACAGAAACCCAUACCAGGAGUCAAAGAGGUCAUUGUUGUUGCAUCAGGAAAAGGAGGGGUGGGAAAGUCCACAACAGCAGUGAAUCUUGCUCUUGGACUUAUGGCUAAUGAUCAGAGUAAAUCAGUGGGUCUUUUAGAUGCUGAUGUCUAUGGCCCAUCUGUUCCAAAGUUAAUGAACCUAAAAGGAAACCCUGAAUUAACAGACAACCACUUAAUGAGACCUCUUGUGAAUUUUGGAAUUCCUUGUAUGUCAAUGGGCUUUUUGGUCGAAGAGGUUGCACCAAUUGUGUGGAGGGGUCUGAUGGUGAUGUCAGCUAUUGAGAAACUCCUUAGGCAGGUAGAUUGGGGGCAUCUAGAUUAUCUUGUGAUUGAUAUGCCACCAGGAACUGGAGAUGUCCAACUGACUAUUACUCAGAACAUACCAAUAGCUGGUGCAGUAAUAGUAUCCACUCCUCAAGACAUUGCUUUGCUGGAUGCACGCAGAGGUGCAGAGAUGUUCCGAAAAGUUAACGUUCCGGUGUUGGGUCUGGUUCAAAAUAUGAGUGUUUUCCAGUGUCCCAAAUGCAAUCAUCAAACACACAUUUUUGGCUCAGAUGGGGCUAAAGAGCUGGCUCACACCCUUAAUGUGGAGUUGCUUGGAGACAUUCCUCUGCAUCUCAACAUUAGAGAGACAUCAGACAAGGGACAACCUGUGGUUGUGUCUUCCCCAGAUAGCCCAGAGGCUGAGGCUUACAGAAAUGUUGCAGCAGCAGUGAUUCGACGACUGGCCGAGCUUUCAAGAUGAAUGACCUCCAGAUUAGAUGUAGCCUCUGUGAUUUGAGGAAAUGAUCAGUAUUCAGUUUCAAGACAUCUUCAAAACAAUGCAUCUAUUAUUCAUAUGCCUACUAAAAUAUAGUUAUUUAUUUUCUCUUUAUGUAUCAACAUGCAGUUGACAUACGUGUGUACGCCACUUUCCAGGCAAAGGUUGUGGUCUAUUAAAAGCAAACGCUGACCCAUGAGUGCGCACAUUUUGGAGACAAGAGGCCACACAAAUGGUGAGUUAGUGAACUCAAGUUAGAUUGCAGAAAGUAAGUGUGAUAAAAACGAUUAAUGCCUCUGUUAAAGAUCCUCAUUAUCACAAAGAUUAAAUCUGCAGAGUUAUUUGCGCUUGAAUUGAAAGUUGUUUCAUGCACCUUCUUGUAAAAUCCAACUCAAAUCUUAAAUAAAAAUUCAAUCUAAAUAUUUAAUCAGCACUGUCUCACCAUCACACUAUGAGCGCAAAUACGAUAACUACAGAACACAUUGUAAAUAAAUAACUAAAUAUAUUUUCCUUAAAUACUGUGCAUAAUCAUCAAAUGUCAAAGUCUGGAAAUAUAAGUUUGUCUUUAUGUCCUCGUUAUCAGUCCUAUGUCUAUAACAAAACCGGAAUGAAGAAACACCUCUUUUGAUUUUAAUGAGGUGUUAAGGAUCAGUCUAAAUGCUGUAAACACCUAUAAAUGCUGCAGAGACCUUCUUUGGCUUUAAUAUAAUUAUGAUUAAUAAUUAUAACAAUUAUUAAUUUGUAAAUCUCAGUGAAUCUCAUGUGUGGCCAUUUGUGAUUUCAUUACGGUGAUAAAGGAUGGGAUCGGGGGUUUUCGGCAGUUUUACAUCUUUUUUUGUUAUUUUUUAUGGCAUCUGAUAGCGGGGGCACGUAAGGAUCCUAAGCACAUUUUUAUCAAUUAGACCCCAGGUGUCUCCCCCUUCUCGAUAGCCUAUUUCAGAGGUAAUUUAUGACUCUGCUAUUUUACAUGAAUAAUUAUAAGUUUUAUACAACAUAGCGGCUUUUAAGCAGCUUCUCGAGCCAUUUCACACAAUAUGAUAAUAAUAAAAAUUAUUCAAAAUAAAUUAAACAUUUUAGUUUAUUUCUUGUUAAAAUGGCAGACUUAAUCAGUUACACGCCACUACAUGGCUUCGAUGUUAGUCUAUGAAAGCAAGGUUUGUGGAGAUGGUUUUAUUAUGAACAACAAAAUAACACAAUAAAUGAAAAAAUAUACGCUUACACAUAGGGCUUAUUUAAACACUAUUAUUCAUAUUGAACGAAUUAAAAGAUGUGUAAGUUACAAAUGCAUUUAUGAAUGUGAUAUUUAACUAAUAAAAUAAACAUUAGAUAAGCAUCACGAGUAAUUAACAUUCAUUAAUAUCUUAAAAUAAAACUAUCGAUAUGUGCUUUUUCAGUGUCAACAUAAAUUCUCUGUGCGCGUCUGAUUUGUCUCUGUGAUCACAUCAGUGAAACUACACUACCAUCUAGUGGCUAAAACUGAAUUGGCCUUUUAUUAGUAAUUCCACGAGUGGCUCUUGCAAGUUAUCAAGAUCUGUUUCACAUUUACUUUUCCAACAAUCAGAAUUGAUUUCCAUUGGCAUUUUCACCUUUAUAUGUUGUCUUUAAUGGCAAAAAGUAUUGGCUGUUACCAACAACAACAUAAGAUUACACAGCAGAAACUGCACUUGAAAUGUCAUUUAUUCAUUUACACAGAAUGUUAAAUGCUGGUCAUAUGUGAAAUUGCAUAAAGUAAUGAGUUUAAUUUAACUGCAUACAUGAUUUAAAUGAUAAUCAAAUAAAAAAUGAAAAUGACAAAAAAUGCUCUUUUUAUGUACACAGAAGCAAAUCAGCAUCAGAAGUGUCUUUAAACUGACAUAGCUCAGAGCAGUAUAUCAGAUAUUAUAAAAAACCUUUGCCUUUUGUAUUAUAAAAGUCAGUUAAUGGAGUGCAUUAAAAACGGCAUAUUCUUAUAGGCUACAGAGACUAAACAAGCUAAGAUGCGUUGAUGAAUUGUUGAAAUUUUAAAUUGAAAACGGUUAUUCAAACCAGGAAUAAAUAUAUAAAGUGAGGCAUCACUGAAGGAUGACUUCUGUUUAAUCACACAAAACUCACUUUAUAUGAAUAAAAAGUGAUAAAACAAGCCGAGAAGCUUAAAUUAAUGAUUUUAUUGCUGUUUUAGUAAAUCAAGACUUUAAAUGUACUUGUCUUUAUGGCAUGACCAACAAAACAGUUAGAAAUUGUAUGGAAAGUGAUCAAAGUAUUAUAUAUAAUAUUCAGGGAAAACUGCUAAAGGCUGCUAAAUGUAACGAUUACUUUCCUGAAAAACAGCCCUCGUCUACAGCCCUUGGUUAGACUUUUCCACACACGCCGCAUCAGAUGGCUUUUAAGCAGUGCACAAAAACUGAAGGUUAAUGCUGCCUUUGCCUAAACUGGCUGGACAGGACAGAUGUUUUGGUGGGCUCAGCUAGCCGACCCCUGGCCAUGUCUAUAUCCAGUCCCACCUUCAGAAUAGGUGGGGCUACACCUGGGGUAUACGCCUGUCGCUCUCUCUAUAACUGAUACUGCAUUGAUUUAGUUACAUUAUUUUCAAUGUUUUCACGCCAUGACCGCAGGGGUGGAAACCAUUUCACAUUACAUGGGCACUGACUACACCCACUUAUUCUAGCAUUGUAUGUUGAGGAGGACUCAACAUAGCCUAGAAGCCUUAGAAGGACUGGUCUAGGAGGGUUGCAGGCUCCCUGUAUGAUAUGAAACAAAAUUGAAUUAAAUGUACUAAUCCACUUACUUUGGAGCAUAAGAACUGUAAACCUCAAUGUCAACAUAUAUUGUUGAAUUCACAUUUGUUAUCUUUUGUGUUCUGCAGAAGAAAAAGUGAUUUGGAAAUAAACAUACAAAUUCUGACUUUAGGAGUCA